AGACUUUUAAGACAAAAAGAAGCUUUUAUUCCAUUAAUUCACAGCUAGUAAUCAAUCUUUCUCCACUAAGCUAUUCCUUCUUUAAUUUCCUUUAUUCAGAUUCUUUUUCUCUGGGCUGAACCCAGAAUGACAAUCCCCAUUAAUUCCCAUUACUCAAACAUAUCUAUAUAUUAAUUAGUUAGACAUCGGAUCUCCCACUCACUUAAUUUGUUCUUCCAUCUCUGUUUUGAAGCUGUAAGUUAGUUGUUUGGAGAUGGCUAAAAACAUAGGCAUCAUUGUUUGCUUGGUGGUGAUGAUCAUUGAUAUUGUGGCUGGUGUACUUGGUAUUGAAGCUGAGGCAGCUCAGAACAAGGCAAGACAUAUGCAGGUAUGGAUAUUUGAGUGUAGGGAGCCUAUACAUGCGGCUUUCAGAUUAGGAUUAGCUGCGGCAAUUUUGUUGGCUGUGUCUCAUUUCAUUGCUAUCAUUAUGGGUGGAUGCACUUGUAUUUGGUCCAAACAACAGUUUGAUAAAGCAUCACCCAACAAGCAACUUGCUGUGGCUUCUCUCAUUUUCUCAUGGAUUAUUUUUGUGGUUUCGUUCUCGAUGAUGCUAGUGGGAGCAUUUCAAAACUCAAGAUCUGAGAAGAAGUGCACGAUAUUACAUCGGAGGCUUUUGUUUAUAGGAGGGAUUUUAUGCUUCAUUCAUGGGAUGUUUGCUGUUGCAUAUUAUGUCUCUGCUUCUGCUGCUAACAAAGAAGCCAUGAAAUUACCCACCCAACACACAAAUCAACAUGUUCAAUCAUCUUCAGCAUAAUUAUACAACAUUCCAUUCCAUUCCAUUUUCAUUAUAAUAUAUAUUGAUUGUUUGUUAAUUAACUUUUCAUCAUUUAAUCAAUAAAGUGUGGACUAAUUCAUUAUUGCCAAUGAUA